AUGCGACCACAAUAUUUGCCGAAUGUCAGCGAUUCCACACUUCGCGUAUCGGAGAUAUCGCAGAUAACAGGACCACGUGGUGGCCCAUCGGACGAUUCGCGAGCGCAAUCCCGCCAAUGUACCACACCGAACGUGACGUCCGUACCUUUUGCGGGCGCUCCUCCUCUUGGGGCCGAGGUUGGGGCACUUUUUGAACACGGAGAGCGUGACGCCGAGGAAACCCAUUGCGUUGCGGGGGCAGGAACACAAUCCGCGGGUCUGGCGCAGAUGGCGUGUCAGCGCGGCCCGUCAGGAGUGACUAAGCGUCGCCGCGGAGCACGCUCAGUUUGUAGCGACCACUCCGACCGGUACACCACGUGCGGCCAACCGCGUCGGACG